CCCCUCUCGCGCACAAUGGCUGAUCAGCUGACUGAGGAGCAGAUUGCUGAAUUCAAGGAAGCCUUCUCCCUAUUUGACAAAGAUGGAGAUGGCACCAUUACGACAAAAGAACUUGGAACCAUCAUGAGGUCAUUGGGUCAAAAUCCAACAGAAGCAGAAUUACAGGAUAUGAUCAAUGAAGUGGAUGCUGAUGGUAAUGGCACUAUUGACUUUCCUGAAUUUUUGACCAUGAUGGCUAGAAAAAUGAAAGAUACAGACAGUGAAGAAGAAAUCCGUGAGGCAUUCCGAGUCUUUGACAAGGAUGACAAUGGUUACAUCAGUGCAGCAGAACUACGUCAUGUAAUGACAAACUUAGGAGAAAAACUAACAGAUGAAGAAGUAGAUGAAAUGAUCAGAGAAGCAGACAUUGAUGGAGAUGGACAAGUCAACUAUGAAGAAUUCGUACAGAUGAUGACUGCAAAAUGAAGACCUCCUCUCACCUUUUUUCCCCCCUCUAGAUGAAUCAAAUUGAAUCUUUUACUUACCUCUUGCAAAAAAAAAAAGUUCAUUUAUUCAUUCUGUUUCUGUAUAGCAAAACUGAAUGUCAAAAGUACCUUCUGUCCACAAAAAAAAAAUCUGCAUGUAUUGGUUGGUGGUCCUGUCCCCAAAAGAUCAAGUUACACAUCAGUUUUACAAUAUAAGUACUUGUACUACUACCUUAAAUGAUAAGGAAGCACUUAGUGGACUCCUUAAAGUUCCAUUUGCUAAUGAUUAUUACACUGUUUGGGCUGGCCAGUUUUUCAUGCAUGCAGCUUGACAAUUGAGCACAGUCAGACAUUUGUAUU